AUGAAAAUCCCACACUUCAGGGCCAGAUCAAGAAGAAACUCUUACUGUUUGCUCAUAUUCGUCGUCGUCUUCAUCACCAUCGUCGCCAUCAAAUACAGGUCCUAUCAGUACAGAAGAUACAAAAUAAUUAGGGCAGUUCAACUACAAAUCGACGAUCUAUCUAACCCCCCCAUCGAAUUCAAAUACACCAAAGAAAGUCGACAGUUUUUGAAGUAUUUUACCGAAGAACAGUCAGUAUUGAACGACAAUGGAGAGGACGAAGCGUUCGUAAUUCUCAACGAUACCGCCAUCUUGCCACCGUCAGCGAGGAUUCGGGCUAAAAAAAUUUUCACGAAAAAACCGUUGGUGAUAUGGGCGACGGAGUGGCACAUGACUCCAAUUAAAGACGUCGUCGACCUCAUUUCGUCGUUCGGGGUCACGGUGAAGAACUACAACCUCGAUCCUUACAGGUGUGCCUGGCAGAAGGAAGCUUGCCAAGCCGCCAAAAGCUUAAAAGUCUUUUCUAGAAUUUUCAUGUCUUAUUUCUGCUAA